CUCUUUCCUUCCUUUCAAUUGUGUGAGUGAGCUGUCGGGUAAAGUCUGUCGUUAAUUCAACGUACGUACGAGACAGAGUUUUAUUUAGUUAUACGUCCCUUCAAAUAAAUAAUCUGUGUAAUUUGUGCCUCCAAUCUGUCGACAAACGGACGACAAGGAAGGGUGAAGGUUCUCUCGCGACAAGAGUCCGACCGACCACCAUUACCCGGCCACGUAUAGUUUAAUCGUCGCCAGUCGCAGUUCCACUUUUAUCGGAGGAGGAACAUCACAAGAGUCGUCAAAAUGUCCAAUUUCAUCGAUUCCGAGGCUGAAGAGUCAGAGCACGAAGGAGAGGAGGAGGAGGAGGAAGAGAUUGGACACGUCAGGAAGUACAAGAGUAAAGACAAACGCAAAAAGCAAAUUGACAGUGACGAGGAGGAGGAGGAUGAUGAUGAAGAAGUAGUGAAAGAUCUUAUCGAUGAUAAUCCUAUAGAGGAGGACAGCGACAAUGAGUCUGCUGGGUCGCGAAAGAGAAAGAAAAGCGACGAGGAGGAUGACUUUGACGAUCGUUUGGAAGAAGAUGACUACGAUCUUCUCGAGGAGAAUUUGGGAAUGAAAGUUAAAAGGAAAAAAGGCUUUAAGAGAAUUCGACAAGAUGAAGAAUCGGACGUUGAAGACACACAGGAACAGGGCGAUGAUCGGGAAGCUAUUGCGAACCAACUCUUUGAAGGAUCUGAUAAUGAGAAUGAGCGCCCGUCACGACGAGAUGAAGCACCAGAACAAUACGCUUCUGACGAGUCUGAGGUGGAGUCGGAAACGGAUGAUUUCAUCGUAGAUGAUGACGGUCAGCCUAUUGCAGAAAAGCGAAAGAAAAGAAAGCCAAUUUUUACUGAUGCUGCCCUCCAAGAAGCCCAGGACAUAUUUGGAGUUGACUUUGAUUAUGAGGAUUUGGACAAGGAAGAGGAGGAAGAGUAUGAUGAAGAAGAUGAGGAGGACGAGGAUGAGUAUGAAAAUGAAGAGCAACACAGCGCAAGGAGAACAAAGAAAGCGUUAAGGCGGAAGAAGAAGCUUAAAUCCUUGUACGAAUUGUACGAACCUCAUGAAUUGGAAAGAGCUGGGAUUACGGAAGAAGACAAUCGAAUAAGAAACACGGAUAUCCCAGAACGUAUGCAACUCCGCGUCGUCCCCAUCACUCCUGCCGACGAAGACGAACUUGAGGAGGAGGCAGAGUGGAUAUUUAAGAUGGGUUUCAGCAAGCACAACUUUGCAGCCAUCGUAGACAAACCCAAAGUAGGAGAGAUUACUCCUGCCCCACAAUCUGAUUGGGGAGAUGAUUGGGACAAACAGUCUGGAAUUGCGGUUCCUGGUCCAGCUGCCAGUGUCGUUGCCAGCACGGUGAGCAAACCAGGUGCAACUUCUGGGGAAGAGGACUGGGAGGAGAAUUGGGAGAAGGCUUCCUCAAUUGUCUCCGCUGCUCCAAAAUCCACCCUUAGUGCUAAACAAGGAGGAGGCGUCCUAGACGAAGAUGACAAUUGGGAGAGAGAAUCUAAUUUCGAGAAACAGUCCGUCAUCGGAGGGCCGAAGUCGAGGGUUGGCGAUUCCGACGGGAUUCUUCCCGGAGCAAAGUCUCAUAUCAGCACGGCGGCGAGUGGUGUCCCUGAAAAAUCUAUUAUUCAAAUUAUGGAGGAAGCUAAACCAAAAGUGGUGGCAAAAAUUAGAAAAGCCCUCGAGUUCAUGAGAAAUCAGCACUUGGAAGUUCCGUUCAUCGUCUUCUAUCGCAAAGAGUACAUCCAACCAGAACUGAAAAUCAACGAUUUGUGGAAAAUUUACAAGCUAGACGGGCGCUAUUGCCAAUUGAAGUUAAGAAAAACAAGGCUAAGCAUCCUGUUCAAAAAUAUGCAAAUGUAUCAGACUGAUUUGAUAAUGGAGAAUCCAGAUGAGCCAAUUUCAGAUGCUAUUCGAAUAAUUACCGAAGACGACGUCGAUCGUAUUCGAAACUUAAAAACGUCAGAAGAGUUAAAGGACAUGUAUCUCCUCUUCAGUCUCUACUACGCGGACGACGUGCAGUUAAUGAAGGAAGCGAUGGUAAAGAAACGGUUGGAAGAUAAACAACGAGCAAGAGAAGUGGCUGCCGCGGCUGCUGCAGAAGGCGAACCAGUCGAAGAUCCAGACGACUCUGACUCGGAUCCUAUUGAGUUUCCAUCAACCAAACGAAAAAUUGGGGGCGGAUCUUACGCUCUAUGCAAAAAGUUGGGAAUUGACAGCCUUGUCAAGAAAUUUGGAUUGACUCCAGACAGGUUUGCUGAAAAUUUGCGCGACUCGUAUCAACGAUAUGAAGUGGAACAGUACCCCAUGGACCCGCUGGACACGGCAAAAGAAUAUAUGAACGAAAGACUGAAAACUCAGGAGGAGGCAUUGAAAGCGGCAAAGUUCAUGUUGGCGACGCAAAUAUCUAGAGAACCAUUGGUCAGGUUGAGCGUGAGGGAAGUGUUCUUUGAACGUGCCACCAUUACAGUGACUCCAACAAAGAAAGGGCUCCGUGAAAUUGAUGAAGCACAUCCUUGUUAUGCAAUGAAGUAUAUCAAAGGUAAACCAGUCCGAGAUUUAAAGCAGGACCAAUUUUUGAAACUGACGAUGGCAGAAGAAGAUAAGCUGAUCAAUUUGGUGAUUGGUGACCAAAUCAAAGGGAUCACCGGAGAUACUUAUGUGGAGGAAGUUGUUCAACUAUUCAGCAGAGAUGAGUACAGCAAGCUUGUUCAAGAGUGGAACGACGUCCGAGCAGAAUGUUGCCAAUUUGCACUGGAGAAACUCUUGUAUCCGAUUUUUCGAAAAGAAUUGAGAGCAAAGUUGUUGGAUGAAGCCAAAGAAUAUGUCAUUGACACUGCUACUCAUAAACUGAACGAAUGGCUCAAAGUUGCACCUUACUCGGUCAAUUUUGCCGACGAAGAUGAAGAAGACUGGGAUACUAGUAAAGGAAUUCGUGUUUUGGCAAUUGCCUACGUCCCCGAUUUUAGCCAAGCUUCCUUCGCCACAGUGAUUUCUCCUGAUGGAGAGCCAUCCGAGUUCAUUCGCCUUCAAAACAUCAUGAAGAGUCUCAAAGCCUUUAAUGAAUCUGACCGGAAGGAUAAAUCAGAAGAUUUAAGGUCAAUUAAGGAAUUGAUCGUCGCAAAAAAGCCACAUGUGGUUGUGAUUGGUGGAGAAUCCCGUGACGCAAUAAUGAUUAAGGAAGACAUUCGAAAUUUGAUUGCCGACCUUGGCACUGAGGAUGGUUUCCCAGCAAUCAAUGUAGAGAUUGUGGAUAAUGAGUUGGCGAAAGUCUAUGCUAGCUCUAUUAAGGCUCAGACUGAUUUUCGUGAAUUUCCUCUCAUCUUGAGACAAGCAAUUUCUCUCGGUCGAAGGAUACAGGACCCACUGAUUGAAUUUUCGCAACUUGUGAAUCAUGACGAUGAAAUUAUGUGCCUAAGAUUUCAUCCUAUGCAGGAUCAAGUUGCAAAAGAAGAAUUGUUGGAAAGUUUAUCAACACAGUUUGUGAAUCGAACGAACGAGGUAGGGGUUGACAUAAAUCGCUGCAUUUCUAGUCCCUUUACCAUGAACGUGGCACAGUUUAUUUGUGGACUGGGACCCAGGAAAGCUACAGCACUCGUUAAGACCCUGAAACAAAACAACCAGCGGCUUGAAAAUCGAACCCAGCUUAUCACAGUGUGUCACAUGGGACCUAAAAUAUUCAUUAAUUGCUCCGGCUUUAUCAAAAUUGACACCAAUUCUCUUGGGGACAGUACGGAAGCCUACGUUGAAGUAUUGGAUGGCUCCAGAGUGCACCCUGAAACUUAUGAAUGGGCCCGUAAAAUGGCCGUGGAUGCUUUAGAGUACGACGACGAAGAUGCAAACCCUGCCAGUGCACUAGAAGAAAUUCUGGAAACCCCAGAUCGGUUGGAAGAGCUGAACUUGGAUGCUUUUGCUGAAGAAUUGGAACGUCAGGGUUUCGGGAACAAGAGCAUUACUCUUUACGACAUCCGUGCUGAACUCAAUGACCGUUACAAGGAUCACAGAGAACACUACACGACUCCGAAUGCUGAGCAGCUUUUCAACAUGCUCACGAAAGAGACACCAGAGACGUUGUACAAUGGAAAACUUACGACUGCCACCGUUGUCGGUGUAUCGCACAAGAAGCCACAAGGAGAGCAACUCGACAAUGCAAUCCCAGUUAGAAAUGAAGAGACGGGAAUGUGGCAGUGUGCAUUCUGCAUGAAAAAUGACUUUCCUGAUUUAUCUGAGGUUUGGAAUCAUUUUGAUGCUGGGGCUUGUCCUGGUCAAGCUACUGGGAUAAGAAUCCGACUUGAUAACGGGGUCAGUGGCUUUAUCCCAAUUGGGAAAUUGUCCGACAAACCUGUAACUAAUCCGGACGACAGAGUCAAACGUGGUCAAACUAUACACUGUAGAAUUGUGAAAAUAGAAGUGGACCGAUUCAGCGUAGAGUGCACAUCACGAACGACUGAUCUGGUCGACGGUGACCAAAAAUGGAGACUGCCAAAGGAUCCAUACUAUGACGCCGAGGCUGAGGAUAAGGAUAAGAAACAGGAGGAGGAAGUCAAGAAGAAGAAGCACUAUCAAACAUAUGUCCGCAGGGUCAUUGUACAUCCAGCGUUCAAGAAUAUUUCAUUCAAGGAGCUUAUUCCUAUAAUGGAGACGAUGGAUCAGGGCGAUUUGAUCAUACGACCCUCCAGUAAGGGCUCGGACCACUUGACUGUGACUUGGAAAGUUACAGACUCCAUUUGUCAACAUAUUGAUGUGCUAGAAACAAAGAAGGAAAACAUGUUCAGUCUCGGUCGGUCGUUACACAUUGGAUCAGAAGAAUAUGAAGACUUGGACGAAAUUUUUGCUCGUUGCAUAAAUCCUAUGGCUUCCCUCUCACGAGAAUUAAUUUCUUCCAAGUAUUAUGUGAAGCAUCUGGGUGGAAGUCUAGCCAUGGCAGAUGAAUAUCUAAAAGAGGAGAAGAAGAAAAACUCAAAUAAAAUUCACUAUGUUCUGCAUGCCAGCAAGGAAUUUCCCGGAAAAUUCGUCCUGUCGUAUCUUCCUGGAAACAAAGUUCAGCAUGAAUACAUAACCGUCAAUCCAUCUGGCUUCAGAUAUCGUCAGCAAUCAUUCGCAAGUUUAAAUGCGCUAUUGAAAUGGUUCAAGGAGCAUUACAGGGAAGCUCCACCCAGCACACCCAUGGCCACCCCGACGACCAACAUUGCUCGGGCAUCUGGCGCCUCUGCCCAACAUGGCACUCUUGUUCCACCACCACCACCAUCCAGCCACUUUGCCGCAACAUUACGUACUACUCCACAUUACACCACUCCAACACAAGGGUUGACUCCAUAUUCUGCAUUCACUACUAAUACGCCAUACACACCAACAGCCCAGACUCCACAUAUUACUCCGUACCAAACCCCUUAUCAAGGAACUCCGUGGCAGUCCGAUCCACAAACCAGGGCUCUAUUUUUACAUUCUUCUGAUGGUUUCAAAAACCCGGGACAGAAGCCGCAAGCAAAUACGAUACGAGUAUCCAGAGACGCACAACCUAAUGAUGAUGGCAGUGAUUGGCGUAAAGCUGCAGAUGCGUGGGCAAAGUCACAACAGCAUCGCCCACAACGACCACCAGAUUCUCAGAGAUAUACUGACAACCCCAACUUACAACCACUCGGCUCAAGGCAGCAUAUAUCGGACCAGGCUUUACGAAGCAGUAUGCUACAAUUCCGUCAAACAGUAGAAGGACUUCGAGGAGAUCAGCAUGCACAUGGAUCAUCCGCACUGAAUUUUCUUCCAAAUCCUUCCCCCCGAUCUGGACGUGAUAGUUUGAAAUCCACUCCGCGUACAAACUUUAGCCCCCGAUCAAUGGUCGAAAGCUCGCUGGGCGAUGAAACACCGCUUCAUGAUGAAAAUUAAUAAACACUUUUUAUUCGCUUUUAAUUUCAUGAUUAUUAUUAUAUUUCGUUAGUCUUUAGCUCAAGAAAAAAUUCAUAAAUUAUAGCCAUUCAUUCAUGUCGGUCGUAUCGAAUAACUUGUAGUGAAUAAAUUUGGAAAAUGAAAUUUUAAACUUGAA